CUCUCUCUCUCUUAAUUAUAUGGCAAUCGGAUAAUAAAUAAAAAUCGACCGACUUUCAACAAAAAAAAAAACAAUUUUUUUUUUUUGAAAAGUCGGUUGACAUUUUUUUUUUUGUACAAUGAAACGUCAGAAUAUACGUACAUUAUCCCUUAUUGUAUGCACAUUUACUUAUCUUCUUGUUGGUGCGGCAAUAUUUGAUGCAUUUGAAUCGGAACACGAAGAUAAACAACGUAUUGCAUUACAAACGUUUGAAAAUAUGCUUAAACGUAAAUAUAAUAUGAGUGAUGAAGAUUUUCGUAUAUUAACUACAGUAGUAAUUAAAAGUGUGCCUCAUAAAGCUGGUAUACAAUGGAAAUUUUCUGGUGCUUUUUAUUUU